UCAAUUCCCAAAUUAAGUGGCCUUUUAUUCGCUCAAGUUGAUGUACCGCAGUUCCACUUAAGCCAAACCAAACCAGCGACUAGCAAGACAGCAAGUGGGGGAGCCCUUUGUUGUCUUCUACGCAACCGGCCAGCAGAACCGUGCGCAACGCCCCAGCAACUCAAACUGUCAAAGCCGAAGUGCUAAACAACGGAAAGCCGUAAGCGGCUCAAAUUCUUAGUCGGCGAUUCUUCAUCUUGUUGCAGCCCAGCAGAAUCAACCAAUGCAGCCACUUCAGCCAGAACUUCAUAAAUUUCAGCAGAAUCAACCAUCAGCCGAUUUUCAUGUUACCAAACGGGCUCUUAUUUUACUCAUUUACACGGAGUAUGUAAUUAUUUGGAAGAAAAAUGGUGGCGUAGACAUAUUUAAAACUACCUUUGCACUGGAGAGGCACAGCGCUGCUAUUGCAAGCUUUAGGAAGGGAAAUGGCAAGGGCUGCUGGAUUGGAAGAAGGAACGCGGAAAGGAACGGAUCCUGUGACUAUAAGGCAAAGGCAAUCGGUGGCGUUACUGGUGAGAUACUUGAGGGACUGGCAACACGCUGCUUUUGACGCCGGAGAUGGUGAGCCGCCGCCGGUACUUGAAAUUAGGGAGCUUAAGCAAGGGAUGAAGCUCUGGAGCAUUGACGAGCUGCACGGCGUUCUUAUUUGGGCGUCAAUUGGCAGCGCAAAGAGAAGAAGAACGCCAAUGAUAAUAACCGAUUCUGCUGGAGUCAUAAAGCAUUUCAAAGUAUUAUAAGAUGAUAUUAUCCUCCCCAUUUUUGUUUUGUUUUCGAUCAAAUUAAUGGCGCAAUUCUGCAGGAACUCAAUAAAUAAUAGUGCAUAUAUGUAGUUUUUGAAUGGCGGAGGUCGGUCUAUAGUUAGAUUUAGAGGCUCAGCUACCUUACCAAAACCAGAACACCUCGUGUAAUUAAGGCAGUUAGUGUAGGUGAUCGACCUUCGUUUGGGUCUCAAUUCUUCAUUCUCCUGUAUGUGUAUAUGAACGUGUACAACUUUGCGUAAUGGUUGAGUGUCUUAGAGCCGG